AGGCGCACUGGAUGAUCAGGUGACUUAAGUGUUGACAAGGCAAAGGUGGCCGCCGGUGGAAGAAGUAUCCGACAAACUGUUUCGGCAAUGACAAACUGAGAUCCAUGUAAACGGUGAACCAGAGAGAGAGGCUGAAACCAGGAGACACUACUGCUGUCGGUAUGGACAUCGAGAGCGAGAGAAGGAGGCUGCUGGAUGCGGAGGGUGGAGAUGGAGACCCUACAGGACUCAUGUCAGAGCAGGAGGCUUAUUUGAGCAAAGUGAAGAACAGGAUGUUGUACCUGGCAACAUUUGCGUCUGUUCUGGGCCCCAUGAGCUUCGGCUUCGUGUUGGGCUACAGCUCUCCUGCCAUCCCUGAACUCGCCAGAAACGCUGACCCUCGGCUGCGGCUGGACAAGGACCAGGCCUCCUGGUUUGGGUCCAUAGUGACAGUGGGAGCAGCAGCAGGUGGCCUGCUGGGUGGUUGGAUGGUGGAGAAGAUCGGCAGGAAACUCAGUCUGAUGCUCUGUUCGCUGCCAUUUGUCGUCGGCUUCAUCAUCAUCAUCGCAGCACAGAACGUGUGGAUGCUUUACGUCGGCAGAGCAAUCACUGGCCUCGCCAGCGGAGUCACGUCACUGGUUGUCCCACUAUACAUCUCUGAGAUGGCACACGAGCGAAUCCGUGGGAUGUUGGGCUCCUGUGUGCAACUCAUGGUGGUGCUAGGCAUCAUGGGAGUUUAUCUCGCAGGUCUCUUCCUGGACUGGCGCUGGCUGGCAAUCUGCAGCUCUAUCCCGCCGACGCUGCUGGUCGCCUGUAUGUGCUUCAUGCCAGAGACACCCCGGUUCCUCCUGCUACAGGGCAAGAGGCAAGAGGCUAAGGAGGCAUUGCGAUUCCUGCGAGGAGAAGGUGCACCCGUUGAAUGGGAGUGCAGCCGCAUCGAGGACGCCUAUGCCGAGCAGAGCUCUAGUUUCCAGAUGUCUGACCUGAAGGACCCGGGGGUCUACAAGCCACUGGUUAUUGGCAUCAUGCUCAUGGUUUUUCAGCAGAUGUCAGGGAUCAAUGCUAUUAUGUUCUAUGCUGAGACCAUAUUUGAACAAGCACAUUUUAAGAAGAGUGACCUGGCGUCAGUGAUCGUGGGUCUCAUUCAGGUCGUCUUUACAGCAGUAGCAGCGCUCAUCAUGGACAAGGCUGGAAGGAAAGUCCUUCUCACCAUCUCAGGUGCUGCCAUGGCGAUGAGUGCCACAGCGUUUGGGGUUUACUUCCACCUGACACCCAAGCCUCCCAGCACCACGUCACUGAGCCUUUUGAUGCAGAAUGUCCAGAGCCAGGCUGGUGAAGGAGCCAGUGCAGACCUGGCCUGGCUGGCCCUGACCAGCAUGGCCAUCUUCAUCUCAGGGUUUGCUCUGGGUUGGGGUCCAAUCCCGUGGCUGGUCAUGUCGGAGAUUUUCCCUGUUAAAGUGAGGGGCUUUGGCACCGCCUUGUGUGUCCUCACCAACUGGAGCAUGGCAUUUGUCAUCACCAAAACCUUCCAGAACAUGAUGGAUGCUCUCACCAGUGCUGGGACUUUCUGGCUGUUCGCCUCUAUGUGUACCCUCAGCGUCAUCUUCACUUUGGUCCUCAUCCCAGAAACAAAGGGCAAGACACUGGAGCAGAUUGAAGCCACUUUCAGAGGAACAUCAGGUCCAUAAAGCCCCCCACCCAAAAAAAUCAUCUCGUGUCAGGAACUGAAAAAUCUCAGAACUCAUGUUUGUGAAGUCUUUGGAACACUGUGUGGGCAUAUAUAUUUAAAAUGUGAAGCUUGUAAAGCUAUGAAGGUAAAGGAAACAUGUUAAUCACAAACGGCUAGGCCAAUGUAGACUAAUACAACAGCACUGUUAAUAAAUCACCCCUCUGGGAAGGGUGCCAUGUCCAGUUUUUGCUUGUAGAUGGGUGUUGGUUCAACUUGAUGAUCACAGAGAUUUUACUUCAUGGUGCUUUUGUACUGAGAGGAGCUUCUAAUAUUUUGCCUCUCCAUGGCUUCAGAAAGAUUCACUUUGUGCACACUUUAUUUUGUAGAUGCAACUUUAAUUCAUUAAAUUGCCAUGUUUUCCUAUCUGUCUAUAUUCAAUAACAAUGAUGUGAAACUGUUAAUAAAAUCAAAAAUGGCAAUCUCUCAUUUACAGAAGAGUUAAGGUCCCAACUGGAGUCCACCUGGUCGCAGUGAACCGAUUCUAAGAAAUAAAACUUUUAUAACAUCUAACAACAUAAUUAAGAUGCCUAUUUAUAAACACUAAAACGAAUAUGUGUGUUCUUGAAAUGAAAUUUCUCUUGGUAUAUUGUCAGGAAAGGGUAUUAAAUGUAUAUUAUCUGAUUGUACACAUGAAAGAGAAUGAUGGUAUUAAAUUUGAUACACAAGAAAACGGA